AUGGAUCGGUUUAGACACAUAUUGGGUGGUGCUGGCAUGGGUGGCCUAGGCGGGCCAACCCCAGGUCAGGACAACUCAACCCUGAUUGACAAUUCUGAAACCGUUUACAUUUCUUCCCUUGCGCUUCUCAAGAUGUUACGCCACGGCCGGGCUGGUGUACCCAUGGAAGUGAUGGGCUUGAUGCUUGGCGAGUUUGUGGAUGAUUUCACUGUCAAGGUCAUGGACGUUUUUGCCAUGCCCCAGAGUGGUACGGGAGUCAGCGUAGAAGCUGUGGACCCCGUUUUUCAGACCAAGAUGAUGGAUAUGCUGCGACAAACUGGCCGGCCCGAGUCUGUCGUUGGAUGGUACCACUCUCACCCCGGUUUCGGAUGCUGGCUCUCGUCGGUCGAUAUCAACACCCAACAGUCAUUCGAACAACUGAACCCUCGUGCCGUGGCUGUCGUCGUCGACCCCAUCCAGUCAGUCAAGGGAAAAGUAGUCAUUGAUGCCUUCCGCCUCAUCAACCCACAGCUUUUGAUGAUGGGACAAGAGCCCCGCCAGAGCACGAGUAACUUGGGCCACUUGAACAAACCCUCAAUCCAGGCUCUCAUUCACGGCCUUAACCGACACUACUACUCGAUAGCUAUCAACUACCGCAAGACUGCUUUAGAGGAGAACAUGCUGAUGAACCUUCACAAGCAUGUGUGGACUGAGGCUCUUGAUAUGGACGACUUCCGGACCGAGGGUACCAAGAACAAGGACCGUCUGAACCAACUCGUGAGCUUGGCGGACGGCUAUGAGAAGCGUGUCAAGGAAGAGACAGAGCUCACCAAGGACCAACUCAAGACACGCUAUGUCGGAAAGCUGGACCCAAAGAAGCACUUGGAAGAUGUUGGGCGCGAACUUAUUGAGGACAACAUUGUUGCCGUUUCAAGGCAAAUGAUCGACAAGGAGGCUACUCUGCCAAGAAAGGAUGGCGCAGCAGCAAAUGGGGCCUCGGAAACUGAGCAGAUGGAUACAGAGGAGGAGUUAUGA